CUUACUUCAAUGGAGGUCAGCUUCUUCUAUUUAUACCAUGCACCAUGGCCAAUCUCAUGAAAUGGGCCAUGAAAACACUUCGGAGGACACCCUCUCCACCUAUAUGUUUCCCCACUAGCGGCUUCGAAACCGUUCGUCCCUCGGAGGUGCUUGAUGAAGAACGGUUCGAAAACUUCAAACAAGGAAAAUACUACCCUGCUAAUAUUGGCGAUGUGCUUCAUGCCAAAUAUCAGAUCAUUGGUGAACUUGGAUUCGGAACUACUUCAACCGUAUGGCUUGCUCGUGACCUUGACACCGACCCACUAACACAACCAGAGGCCAUCUAUGUGACGCUCAAAAUCUACACACGUGACGAAGAUAAUGAGGAAGAAUUCCAGAUCUACAAGCAACUGAAUCAGGGGAGUUCAUGGCACCCUGGUCAUGCUCAUAUACGAAAAGCACUGGAUAUCUUCACAAUUCCACGUUCAGGCGGUGACCAUCCAUGUCUCGUUCAGAAGCCGAUGUGGGAAAGUUUCCGAGAUUUACUUUAUCGCAACCCCACUCAUCGAUUCACUGAGGAUCUGCUCAAAGCCGGUCUUUUGCAGAUCUUCCAGGCACUGGACUACCUGCACACGGAAUGCAAGCUUGUCCACACUGACAUAAAAAGCGACAACAUUCUUCAAGAGAUAGAGGACAAGUCUAUUCUGCAAAGCUUUACCCAAGCUGAGUUGACAAACCCUUCACCUCGCAAGAUUGUCAACGGUCUUCCCGUCUAUGCUUCACGACGUUUCGAUUUGCCAAAGGUGUUCGGCCGGGCAGUGCUGAGUGAUUUCGGCUCAGCCGUACGAGGAGAUGAGAAGCGGAAUCACGAUGCACAGCCUAAUGUUUAUAGAUCUCCGGAAGUGAUGCUCAAGACUGAUUGGAGUUAUUCGGUUGAUAUAUGGAAUGUUGGGGCUAUGGUGUGGGAUUUGUUUGAGGAGCGACAUCUGUUUUGCGGAGAUGACCCUGACGGCAAGGGAUACUCGACGCGGGCGCACCUGGCAGAGGUCAUGGGUCUUCUGGGGCCGCCUCCUUUGGAUAUGCUCAAACGUGGGAAACGAAGCCAUGAAUUCUUCCUUGACGAUGGCAAAUGGAAGCAAGACAUAGUGAUUCCGACGGGUGCCAGUUUGGAGCAGUCGGAAGAGUUCCUUGAGGGAAGGAAUAAGGAGAUGUUCUUGGCUUUCAUGAGAGGGAUGCUCCAGUGGCGGCCUGAGGAUAGGAAGACAGCGAAGGAACUACUCCAGGAUCCGUGGUUAAAUGAUCAGAUAGAAUAGCAUGUCUGCAGCGC